UCACGCAAUCUACUGUGGAAUUGCUCAACAGCUACACGAACAUCAGCGUGGUAUAUAACUUACCCUCUACCGCAUUCUUUAUUCGCUUUCAAAGCAAAAAUAAUUGUAAGGGAACGCGAUAGUGGAAUUGCAAACAUUUGUUGCAGUUGUCCACCGGAAAAUAAAUAGGAAUAGAGAUCAAAUUCCCGUAGUUCUGCAAUUUUGUGCUAGAAUCUCUUACCAUUUAUUUUUUUGUCUUUUAUAUGAUAAAUAAUUUUAUUGGCUGAAUUCUUUUGGUUUUGAUUUCUAUAAUUCCCUAAUUGUUUUCACGAUUUAUUUUUCAAUCCUAGAGAAAUUUUUGAUAUCGUCCUUUUUUCCUGUCUGAGCAAAUAGUUCGAUUUCAUAUUUUAUUUUUUACGAUUUUUCCCUUCAUCAUUUUACUAUGAGUUUAAAAGCGUCCAUCACAAAUUCUCAGGAAGCUGUGACUCGCGUCGCUUUCCGAUGCGCAGAUUCCCUCUAUGUUGUUCAUCCAAACAAUGAACCUCUCGAUACAACCUUCCAAGAGGCCCUGCAAGAUUUACGGAAGCUGAAGGCAUUGAACGUUUCCGGAAAAUCCACUUCAGUUAUCUCAUUGAAGUCACAUGCUGAUCCUUUUGCUCAUCUUACUGAUAAUUUCUUUGCUGAGCAAGAAUCUCCAGUUCCUACCCGCAAACACAUCGUUUCAGUCGUAGCUUCUGCUGAUUCUCUCUUCUUUGCAACUCCCCAUCUCUACAAGCUUUCCCACCAGCCUGUUGUAGCCCAUAUCGCUCUUGAUCCUACUGAGCCUUUUGAUUUUGCUUCUGUUCGUGACACAGGAUUUACCAUUUUGCUUUCCGGAAACUGCCCUAACGGCUCGGAGCAAGACGCCUUAAAUGACGUCCUUCAAACUGCUGCUCUUGCACAGAAUCUUGCUGUCAGACAGAACACCGGUGUUUUACAUUUUUACACUCCCGUCUACAAUUCCUCAGUGGCCUUGGAAGACUUGGAUUCUCUUCCUUCCAAGGAAGACUUAGAGGCUGCUCGUAUUGCCGAUCUCCCUUCUGAAGACCAAGAAACAGCAGAAGUUGAAAAAUCUUCCUCUUACCUCCCUCCUGUUUAUGAUCAGCCAGCUCGUGAUGCUGCUUCCUAUGCUUUCCUCUCUUCACAAUCUUUCAAGCCUUUCGAAUAUUAUGGUCCUUCCGAUGCCUCUAAUGUUCUUUUGGCUUUCGGCAGCGCUUCUCCUUUGCUUUCUAAAUUAGCCCUUCAACAAGGAUCUGUUGGCGUUGUUGUUAUUCGUCUUUUGCGACCUUGGUUGCCCGACGAAUUGUUCUCCAGUUUGCCAUCCACCGUGAAGCGUAUUGCUGUUCUCGAACCUCUUGGUAACCUUCCUCGUAAAUGGGACCCCUUGUAUUUAGAUAUUUUGGCUGCUCUCGUCUCUGCUAAAUCUAGUACUCAAUUAUUGGCCGUUAAGUAUGGUUUGCAAGACACAAAACACGUCCAAGACGUUGUUUCUGCUGCCAUUGAUAAUAUCAACGGUUCCGCCAAGCCCUCUAUUGUUGCUGAUUUCACUGAAAGUGGAAAACAAGUUUUCGUCCCAACUCCCCCUGCUAUUGAGGAUGUUUAUCACAAGUUGCUCCAACGUGUAUUUAAGGCUCGUCUGAAUGUCGUAAAUGACCCUAGUUCUACGGGACCUGCUGUAUCUUCUCAUCUAAUUAUUUCUCCUCAAUUCGCUUUAGGUACCGUAUUGGAAUACGAAAAACAAAGACGUGCUUUCUGUGAUGAAGUCGCAUCUUUAUUAAAGGCCGAAUCUUCUGAAGUUUCAGCUGAAUCGUUACAAGUUCUUUCCAACUGGAUAGUCUCUGUCGAUAAUUUGGACUCACCAGUCGACCCUGAACUUGUUGUGGCAGAACUUAAAAAGGACUCAUCUGCUACAGUCAAGUCAUUGCUUGAGCGUUCUCAGUUCUUUACAAAUGUCUCUCAUUGGAUCAUCGGUUCCGACUCUUGGGCUUAUGAUUUGGGCAACUCAGCUUUGCACCAAGCGCUUUGCCUUGAGUCUAACGUUAAUCUACUCAUUGUUGAUACUCAACCUUAUUCCACUCGUGAAGUUGUCCGUGCUUCCUCUCGCAAAAAGGAUAUCGGUUUGUAUGCCAUGAACUUUAGUAAUGCCUAUGUCGCUUCUACAGCUCUUUAUAGCUCUUACACCCAGGUCAUAUCCGCCAUCUUAGAAGCUGACAAAUUCAACGGUCCUUCUGUUGUUUUGGCUUAUCUUCCUUAUCAUUCCCCUAAUGAUGAUGCUAUUACCGUUUUACAAGAAACUAAGAAGGCCGUUGAUGUUGGUUAUUGGCCUUUGUAUCGUUGGACUCCUGCCCUUCAAGAUGGUGAAAGUUCUGAUUUCCAAUUGGACUCUGAACGUAUUCGCAAUGAGCUUCGCGCUUUCCUUGAAAGGGAUAACUAUUUGACUCAAUUGACCUUACGUAAACCCGCAUUGUCCAAAACACUUUCCCAAUCCUUUGGUGCUGACGUCCGUCAUAAACAGAACCUUGAUGCUCGUAACGCUCUUAACAAGUUGAUUGAAGGUCUGUCUGGUCCUCCACUGACGAUUUUGUAUGCUUCAGACGGUGGUACUGCCGAGAAUGUCGCUAAGCGACUCCACCACAGAGCUAGUGCUCGUGGCUCCAAAUGCAAGAUCAUGGUGAUGGAUGAUUUUCCAGUUGAAGAAUUACCCAAAGAAACCAAUGUCGUCCUUUUGGUCAGUACCGCUGGUCAGGGUGAUUUCCCUCAAAAUGGUCAUGAAUUCUGGGAAGCAUUCAAGAAUGCUGAUUUGGUUUUAAAUAACUUAAAUUAUGGUGUAUUUGGUUUCGGUGAUUAUGAAUACUGGCCUCGUAAGGAGGACAAACUUUAUUAUAAUCGUCCCGGUAAACAAUUGGAUGCGAAAUUCCAAGAAUUUGGAGCUAAACCUCUUCUUCCUUUGGGAUUGGGUAAUGAUCAAGAUCCUGAUGGUUGGGAAACUGCUUACAAUACUUGGGAGCCUGAACUUUGGGCAGCAAUGGGUUUAGACAAAGUAGACGUUGACAUUGACGAACCCAAACCUAUCACCAACGAAGAUAUUAAAACGGCUUCUAAUUUCCUUCGUGGUACUAUCAUGGAAGGUUUGGCCGACAAUUCGACUGGAGCACUCUCUGAACACGAUUGUCAACUGACCAAGUUCCAUGGUAUCUAUAUGCAGGAUGAUCGUGAUAUUCGUGAUGAACGCAAAAAGCAAGGACUUGAACCUGCUUAUGGAUUUAUGAUUCGUGCUCGUUUACCAGCUGGUGUUUGCACACCUGAACAAUGGUUGGCUAUGGAUGAUAUUUCUGCAAAAUGGGGUAAUAAGACUUUGAAGAUGACUACUCGUCAGACUUUCCAAUGGCAUGGUGUACUUAAAGGAAAUUUGAGAAAUGCUAUUCGCUCCAUAUCUAAGGUAUUUAUGACUACUUUAGGUGCCUGUGGUGAUGUUGCUCGUAACGUUACUUGCUCAUCCGCUCCUGAAAAUGAGGAGGUCCAUGCUCAACUUUUUGAGACUUCUAAGGAAAUCAGCAACUCUUUGCUUCCUACAACUUCGUCUUACCAUGAAAUCUGGAUUGAAGAUCCCGAAUCUGUACAAAAGAAAAAGGUUGCUGGGGAAGUCGCCCAGGAUGUUGAGCCAUUAUACGGACCUACUUAUCUUCCAAGAAAAUUCAAGGUUGGUGUUGUUGCACCUCCAUAUAACGAUGUCGACAUUUAUACAAAUGAUGUCGGUCUUAUUGCUAUUACUGAAGGCGCUAAAGUGGUUGGCUAUAACUUAGCUGUUGGUGGUGGUAUGGGUACCACCCAUAAUAACAAGAAGACCUAUCCCCGUCUUGGUUCAGUUAUUGGUUACGUUCCUAGUGAUAAAGUCGUGGAUGCUGUGAAGGGUGUUCUCAUUGUCCAACGUGAUAAUGGUGAUCGCGAAAACCGUAAGCAUGCUCGUCUUAAAUAUACGGUGGAUACUUUAAGUGUUGAAACUUUCAAGCAGAAAACCGAAGAAGUCAUGGGCUUUGCUUUCGAGCCUGCUCGUGAGCACGCUCCAUUCGUCAAGAAUACUGAUGAUUUUGAAGGCUGGAACCGAACAGAAAAAGGAAAGUACUGGCGCACAAUUUUCGUUGAAAACGGUCGUAUUGAAGACAGUGGAGAACUUCUUUUCAAGACAGGCUUGCGCGAGCUUGCUGAGAAACUUUAUGAAAAGAAGUCUAAAGCUGAAUUCCGCUUAACGGCCAACCAACAUCUUAUUUUGUUCAAUGUUUCUCCUGAAGAGUUAGAAUGGGUAUCCGAACAUUUAGCUAAGUACAAACUUGACAACACUGCUUUCACUGGCUUACGUCUUUCUUCUGCUGCAUGUGUUGCUUUCCCCACUUGCGGACUUGCAAUGGCUGAAAGUGAACGUUAUCUUCCUAAACUUAUCACUAAGGUUGAAGACGUUAUCAAUGAAGCAGGACUCCAAAAGGAUAGCAUUGUUAUGCGUAUGACUGGUUGCGGUAAUGGUUGCUCUCGUCCUUGGGUUGCCGAAAUAGCCUGUGUUGGUAAAGCACCAGACACUUACAAUUUGAUGUUGGGUGGUGGUCAUUAUGGUCAAAGACUUAACAAGUUGUAUCGUGCUUCGGUUCAAGAGCGUGAAAUUAUCGAUCUUUUGCGUCCUCUGAUCAAACGUUACGCUUUGGAGCGUGAAGACGGAGAACCUUUUGGCGAUUGGGUAAUCAGAGCCGGCAUUAUAACAGAGGUUGUUAAUGGUGGUGCCAACGGUUCUGUCCAUGAAGGUGUUUCCGAGGAAGCAUUUUAAUCGUCAUUGCAUGGAAGGUGUUUCAUUGUUUGUAACGAAAAGAUGUUAAUUGUAAAAACUUAUUUUGGGUUUAGAAGAAAAAGAUUGUUUAUUAAUCAUAUAUGUGAUUUAUACAAAGUACAUACAUAAUUAAUAUUUAUAAUAAAUGAAAUCUUGGUAGAUUUUUAGUUUUCAGAAUAAAGGU